GUUCCUUUGUGAUUUGAAGACAAGGCCUUUGUAUUUGACGAGGCAUACGAAUAGUUUUUAAUGACUAGAGUUAUUUAAUGGGACAAGCAAGAAGAUGUCACAAAGGAGCUACUAAUUAGGAUCACUGAUGAUGGUCUGAAAACAUUUACGGAAAACAUCAUGACCACCUUCGUCAAGCGCCACCUUACUGGCGAGUUCGAGAAGAAGUAUAUCGCAACUCUCGGUGUCGAAGUGCACCCUCUCACUUUCAGCACCAACCUGGGAACCAUCCAGUUCGACGUGUGGGAUACUGCCGGUCAGGAGAAGUUCGGUGGUCUGAGAGAUGGAUACUAUAUCAACGGCCAGUGCGGUAUCAUCAUGUUCGAUGUUACCUCCCGUAUCACCUACAAGAACGUCCCCAACUGGCACCGUGACCUCGUCCGUGUCUGCGAGGGUAUCCCCAUCGUGCUGUGCGGCAACAAGGUCGAUGUUAAGGAGCGUAAGGUGAAGGCCAAGACCAUCACCUUCCACCGCAAGAAGAACCUCCAGUACUACGAUAUCUCCGCGAAGUCGAACUACAACUUCGAGAAGCCCUUCCUCUGGCUUGCCCGGAAGCUGGUCGGCAACCCCCAGCUGGAAUUUGUUGCUGCCCCUGCUCUUGCUCCUCCCGAGGUCACGGUCGACCAGGAAGUUCUCAAGCAGUACCAGGCGGAGAUGGACGCUGCCGCCCAAAUGCCUUUGCCCGACGAGGAGGAUGCCGACCUGUAAGCGUGAAUUAAAUGGAUGGAUGGGGCUGGACAACCG